AUGUCGAUGAGGUGGCAGCAGCAGAGCCAGGGACUCGUGGAGCAUUGGCUGGACCCUGAAUGGGAACUCAUUGCAGCCAGGAGACCGGAACACCCACUUUCAGCAGCACAGCAGAAAUUCGCUCGAUCACUUGGGGAAUUUUCCUUUGAGUUUAUUGGAGAUGCUGAGACAGAUGAUGAGCGGUGCAUUGAUGAAUCACUUCAGGAGUUUGCAACAUUUUUACAUAACCUUGUGGAGCAAAGAGAAAUGAUGACGCUUAACAUCUUUGAAACAUUUAUCAAACCACUGGAGAAAUUCAGAAAGGAUCAAAUUGGAGCAGCAAAGGAAGAAAAGAAAAGGUACGACAAAGAAACUGAGAAAUACUACAGCUUUUUGGAGAAACAUGUCAAUUUAUCAGGAAAGAAAAAAGAAGCAUUGCUAGUUGAGAUGUUGUCUUUUUUCCAGAUGCUUUUCACCUUCUAUCAUCAAGGCUAUGAGUUGGCCAAAGAUUUUGACCACUACAAAACAGACCUACACCUAAACAUACAAAAUGCAAGAAAUCGAUUUGAGGGUGCUAGGUCAGAAGUAGAGGAACUAAUGAAUAAAAUUAAGAAAAACCCUCAUGAGUUGCCCAGAACAACCACAUUUACUGCAGAGGGUUACCUUUAUCUACAUGAAAAAAGAACAGGCCCUUUUGGCUCAAGUUGUGUGAAACAUUACUGUUCAUACAAAAAGGAGACAAAGAGGUUUACCAUGGUGCAGUUUGAUCAGAGGUCAGGUGGAAAAAUUGGUGAUGAAGACACCUUCAUUCUUAAAUCCUGCACAAGAAAAAAAUCCGAUGCCACAGACAAGAGAUUUUGUUUUGAUAUAGAAGCAGUGGGCAGGCAAGGUGUGAUUACCAUGCAGGCUAUUACAGAAGAUGAUCGCAGGCGGUGGAUGGAAGCUUUGGAUGGAAAAGAACCCGUAUAUUUAAUUACUAGGAGUAAUUCCAAGAAGGAAGGAAGUGUCCAACUGGAUGAAGUGGGUUUCAACAUAAUAAAGAAAUGCAUCCAUGCUCUCGAAACACGGGGACUUAAUGAUCAAGGAAUAUAUAGAGUUGUUGGAGUCAGCUCAAAAGUCCAGAGGCUUAUGAGUUUGCUGACUGAUACAAAGAUUUGUGCUGAUAUGGAUCUGGACAAUUCUCUAGAAUGGGAAACGAAGACUAUCACCAGUGCAUUGAAACAGUAUUUGCGGAAUCUACCAGAGCCCCUCAUGACAUACAGCUUGCAUGGGGAAUUCAUCUUGCUAGCCAAAUGUGCCAGCCCAAAUUCCAGGACCAAGCCAAUUCAUUCCCUCAUUCAUAAACUUCCAGAAAAAAAUCGAGAGAUGCUAGACAUUCUCAUCAAGCAUUUAGUUAAUGUAUCUAAUAAUUCAAAGCAGAACUUGAUGACCAUUGCAAAUCUUGGUGUAGUGUUUGGACCAACUCUGAUGCGAGCACAGGAAGAAACGGUUGCAGCCAUCAUGGACCUCAAGUUUCAGAACAUUGUUGUGGAAAUUCUAAUUGAAAACUAUGAGAAGAUAUUCAGGACCGCUCCAGAUUCAAGUGCAAGCCAGUCAGACACUACUUCAACACCAUCUUCAAAUAUACUGACCAGGCGGACUUUGCACGGCCCACGCCAUUCAAGGCCCAUAGCUGUUUACAAUUUUUCUGUGGAUCUAAGUAAAGCUGAGAAUCCUAACAGUGUCGGAGAUAAUACUCCAAGUGGAAGCAUGGAAUCCAUUUCCUCCCAUUCCUCGAUAACUACAACAUCCUCCAACUCCAACAGCCCCCCAGAACAGGCGAGGAAUCGUGUCCUUCCUGGGAAUAUAGAGACCACUGAUUGUACAUCUUCUCCUUCUUCUAUAUCAAUGGCUUCCUGGUUCAAUUCUUCACCAACUUCACCAGCAUCAUCUUUGCCGUCCUUCCAGUUUCCACCUGUGACUGCUGUUAGUGACAAACCACCUAAUGGGGUUCCAAAUGAUAAAGCCAAGGCUGUUUACUCAUGUGAAGCGGAACAUUACUCUGAGUUAUCCUUCAAAGUAGGAGCAAUAUUUGAAAAUGUUCACUUUUCACAGGAACCUGGUUGGCUGGAAGGAACCCUUGAUGGCAAAACAGGGCUUAUUCCACAAAAUUAUGUUGAAUUCCUGCAGCACUGAGCUAUAUAAAUUUGUAGAAAAUGCUAUUCAUGGUAUCCAUGGCCAUGUUCUUGACAGGACAGAAUUACUGUUUGUUCUACCUUAACUUCACGACUGAGAUUUCUGAAUUGGAAUCAAGAGGUAUAUUAAUUUCUAUAACUAACACACAACCAAUCUCAAGCCGCUGUAAACCUAUGUGCUUUAUAAACUUAGUGUUACUGUAACUUCAUCAUACCAUUUUAAUUAUUACAUGCUUUUAUCAUAGGAUCAGUGGGUACAGUUUUUAACAAUAUAUUUGAUAUUGUAAUAACAUGAAACAAAAUUUGCUUGUUUAGUGGAUGUAAUUUUUUCUAUCCGUUUUGACUUCAGUCUGAUUCUAUGAAUUCCCUUAUUUUCAUUUACUUUUUAAGCAAAUGAAGUGUCACAAUAAAAGAUUGUUUGAUGGGGGGUGGGAGAGAGUUGUUUCUGUGAAGUUUUGCUUAUUCGUUGUUGAUGUCAAAUGGUUAAAUGUUUCAGUUUUAAGAAACAUUGGGGAACUUUUUUAAUGAAAAAUCUUGUGCAUUUGUACAAUAUUUGAAGUAAUUUGCUGCAUUUUAUCUUUCAAUAUCAAACAACAAACUUAAUGACUGCAGUGGACUUUCAUUUUUACAUAACGUUAGUGAAUAUUGGGAGAGGGUUUUCAUCAAUAUUUGAAAAUUGGGAAAUUCCAUUCAGUUUUUAACAAGAAGAGGUAUUUACAGACUGCUCACUUGCUGUGUAUUUGUAUUUAUUUUAACUAUGCAAAAUGUAUUAUUUCUGGUUUAAUGAUUUAUCAUCCUUCUGAAAACUAUCUUUGCUUAAAUAAUCCCAUGCAUGUGAAUGUGGUCAACAAAGUCACAAACCUAAAGCCUUCAGAAACCUGCAGAACAUUAUGCUGUAACUAUAUCAGAAAAUAAAGAUCACUGUCAAUGAUAGUUUCAAGAUUUUAUUAUUAA